GAUUAUCUAUGUGAACGUCUAUCUAUGUGGCAUGAAUUGAAUGACUCUGCGAGAGAGAAUUGGAGAUAAUUGUGACAGCUGAGUUAGAAAAAUUUUUGAUAAGAAUGGCUUAUGUGGGUAAUAUUUUGCAACAAGCGGCUACUAUUUCGGAAAAUAUGAUGCCGGACUGGUUAACUUCGGAGCAGAGCACUGGGACGUCAAUCAUGGCAUGCGAAUUCGACGGUGGCGUCGUAAUUGGCGCCGAUUCUCGGGGUACAACAGGAGCUUAUGUUUCCAAUCGUUACGCCGACAAAUUGACACGAGUGACGGAUUACAUUUAUUGCUGUCGUUCCGGUUCAGCGGCGGACACACAAGCAAUCGCUGAUAUUGUAGCUUAUCAUUUGGGAUUGCAUCAAAUGGAGCUUGGAACACAGCCCUUGGUGGAAACGGCUGCCAACGUGUUUCGCGAGAUAUGCUACAAUUAUCGAGACUCUCUGAUGGCUGGGAUUCUGGUGGCGGGAUGGGAUAAACAAAAGGGUGGUCAGGUCUACAGUAUUCCCAUAGGUGGUAUGUGCGUGAGACAGCCAAUCUCGAUAGGCGGUUCUGGUUCGACGUACGUGUACGGCUACGUAGACGCACAAUAUAAACCCAAAAUGUCGAAGGACGAAUGUCUCAAAUUGGUGGAGAACACGCUCGCAUUAGCCAUGGCCCGUGACGGAAGUAGCGGUGGUGUCAUACGAACCGGAGUGAUUACAGAAAAGGGAAUUGAGAGGAAAGUCAUAUUGGGCAAUGAAUUGCCACGUUUCUACGAAGGCUAAAAAUUACUAUGUCAUUAAGUCGUUGUCGCGAUACGUUUAACGUAAAGUUUACAUUUUUAGAAAUCUAAGCGCGGGAUACAUACACUAUGCAUUUGCUAAUUAAAAUUAAAAGGAAAAUCGUA